AUGGGAAAGAUGAAAACCUUAGACUAUUUUUACAAAAGAAAGGCGGAUGAUAAAGAAACUAAUCAUGAAAGUGAAGAGAGUAAACGUCACAAAGUUUCAACAAGUGAGCCACAACUGCAAGAAAUGGGAAAUCAACAAGAGAAUGAGCCACAACCGCAAGAAAAUGAUAAACAACAAGAGAGUGAGCCACAAAUACAAGAAAAGGAAAAUCCUAAUGAAGUUGAUUUGAAGAAUCUAGAAAGAGAUCCCGCUAAACAAAAGCAAAUGUGGGAUUUUCCGGUUAAUUUAAGAGAACAAGUGAGACGAGCUUUUCUAAAUUUAGGACCUUUCCAAAUACAUCUUAAGGAGUAUCAAGCUAAAGGUUCAAAAAAACAUCCUCGUAGAUUCAAAUAUUCUUGGUUCAACAUUUUCCCUAAUUGGCUAGAAUAUUCUCCAACAACACAUGCUUCUUAUUGUUUUAUUUGUUAUAUAUUUAAUGAUAAACCAAGUGUGUGUCAUGGUUACGAUGCAUUUACUGUUAAAGGAUUUGACAAUUGGAAAAAAGUUAAUGAUGGGAAAAAUUGUGCAUUCUUGAAACUUAUUGGUUGCUCACAACCUAGAAAUGUUGUUGUAUUUGUUGAAAACUUGAUGAACCAAGCAGCUCACAUUGAAAAUAUCAUAGUGAAGCAAAAUGAAGCACAAAUAUUGAAGAACCGUUUACGCUUAAAAGUGUCAAUUGACACAGUUCGUUGGUUGACCUUCCAAGCUUGUGCUUUACGAGGACAUGAUGAAACUCUUGAUUCCAAAAAUCAUGGUAAUUUUCUCCAACUUCUAAAACUUCUAGCAUCGUAUAAUGAUGAAGUUGCAAACGUUAUAUUAGAGAAAGCUCCUUAUAAUUCAAAGUAUACUUCUGCGGACAUUCAAAAAGAAAUUCUUAGUAUUAUUGCAAAUAAAGUUCGAAAGCAUAUUCGUAGUGAAGUGGGGGAUUCAUACUUCUGUGUCAUGGUUGAUGAGUCACGGGAUGAGUCUAAAAAAGAGCAAAUGGCGAUAGUUUUAAGAUUUGUUGAUGUGGAAGGAAUCAUACGGGAAAGGUUCUUGGAUUUGGUUCAUGUUAGGGAUACCUUAUCAUUAACUUUGAAAACAAAUAUGUGGAGACAACUUUUACACUAUCAAUUUGAUGUUAGUAAAAUCCGUGGCCAAGGUUAUGAUGGUGCUAGUAAUAUGAGAGGGGAAUGGAACAGAUUACAAGUACUUGUUCUUGAGGAUUGUCCUUAUGCAUAUUAUGUUCACUGCUUUGCUCACAGAUUGCAAUUAGCCUUGGUGGCUGCUUCAAGGGAAAUUAUUCUGGUUCAUCAGUUUUUCACAAACUUAAUUUUUACAAUUAACGUAGUUUGUGCUUCCAGUAAGCGUCAUGAUGAGUUACAAAAAGCAAAGGCAACUGAGAUUGAACAGUUAUUGGAACUAAGUGAAAUUGAAUCGAGUAAAGGAUUGAAUCAAGUUGGGACAUUAAGAAGAGCUGGUGAUACACGUUGGGGUUCUCAUUUUCGUUCCGUUUGUAGUUUGCUUAACAUGUUUGCUUGUACUCGUGUUGUUCUCCAAGGAAUAAUUGAUGACGUAUCUGCUACUUAUUCUCAACGCGGAGAUGCUGACGCAACUUACUGUUAUCUGAAAUCAUUUGAGUUUGUGUUUAUUCUUCACCUGAUAAAGGAAGUAAUGGGAAAAACUGAAAUACUUUCUCAAGCUCUACAAAAGAAAUCCCAAGAUAUUCUUAAUGCCAUGGAGUUAGUUUCAGCAACAAAGGAGGAUAUGAAUGCUCCAUAUACUUCUACUCGAUACCGGCCUCGAAAAACAGACAAUCAUGUUACUUUUGAACAUUUUUAUCGAGUGGAUUUGUUUACAGCCACAUUGGACAAACAGUUACAUGAGUUGAAUAGUAGAUUCAAUGAUCGGUCGAUGGAGUUGUUAAGACUUAGUUCUACUUUAGUUUCUAAAGUGAUUAACGUUGAUCAAAUUUGUCUUCUUGUUGAGAAGUAUUAUCCUGAAGAUUUUAUGGAGCAAGAGAGGAUUCAAUUACGAUAUCAAUUGGAGAUUUUUAAUAUUGAUAUCACAAAGAAUCCUAGACUAAGUGGUGUAUCAACUAUUGCUGACCUAUGCAAGCGUCUUGUGGAAACUUAG